AUGGCAAAUGGGUCCCAGUUUAAAGGAUUCAUAGAGCUCGUUGACGCGAUUCACGUGCAGGCUGAACUUGCACGAUACCUGGCUAUUAGCGGAAUAGCUUUACUUAUAUACGAUUGGCUCAGUACGCUGGAUAAGGAAGUUGAAUAUACAUGGAGUAGAAAGUGGACCUUUGCUCGCAUAGUCUAUCAUUUGAAUCGAGUGUUGCCUGUUUUAUUGAUCGGUACAAUUCUGAUACCUAAUGUUUUGUUUGCACCAGCACAUUUCACUGCUUCGAUUUGUUUCACCCACAACGAAACGAAAGAGUCUAAAGUUUGUUAUAGGUUUAUCAUCUGCACGACUUCAAUCAUUCGCUGUUGGGCGCUAUACGGUCGAAGGUUGUUGAUUCCUGGACUUGUAGUAACGGUUGGACACGCAACUUUCCAUGUCACGAUUAACAUUGAGAAAAUAUCGGUUUUCACGAAUCCACUCCCCGACAUUUUGCAAGGAUGUCUUGUUACAGUUCCAAACGACAUUUGGCUCGCAUAUUUUUCGGGGGUGCUAUACGAGCUCGUUGUUUUCUGCAUGAUUGUCUGGAAAGUCUGGGAUCUGGGACGUGGGCUGGGACUCACACCACUCAUGAAGCAGUUGCUCAAACACGGUGCCUCAUUUUUUGCUGUUAAUCUUGGAGUUAUGCUUUUCUCAUGUGUUGGGAGUGCCUAUCCAUCAACGAUCAUUGCGGCCAACGGUUCGGGGCUAUUAACCGCGCUAUCAAGCAUAAUGUGUAGCCGGAUUUUCUUCUCUAUGCAUGAUUUUGCGAGUGAAGAUCGGGUCCAUAUCAGUAUAGGCCCACCGCUGUCGUCCGGGCGUGGAAGUGGUAUUAUCAGCGGGCAAUUCGCGAUCCCAAUGCAGACAAUGACCAACGGGUCUGAAGUUCCAUCCGGCCUUCGAAUUAGCUUCACCGCACCAUCUCAAACCACCGGUCCAUCCAUUUCUAAAGCAAAGGGUAUGAGAAACGGGUCUGACCACUUGUCAGUAUGA